AUGUUAAGCACAUUAGAAAAGCGCUCAAAAAAAUCACCAUCGCCUCCACCACCUCAACAAUCUUCAUCAUUAUCAUCAUCACAGGCACCGUCAUCAACUCAUAAUAAUAAUAUCAAUAUCAAUAAUAAUAAUAAUAAUAAUAAUAUUAAUAACAAUAGUAUUAGUUGUCAUGAAAAUGAAUCAAAAACAACGCAGAUUGAUUCAAAUUCUCAUCAUCCCAUAGCUAAUAGUCUCGAGUCGGACGAUGAUGCGGUCAUUGGUGCAUCGUCAAGUACAACAACAACAUCAUCAUCAUUUUUGGAUGGUAAACGAAUUUCAUCAUUUGAGGAGAGAGCUGAUCAGCUGCGUGGAUCAAAUGGAUCGCUGAACAAGAGUGAUUUUGAAAAUGAUGCAGGAAGUGUUGGUGCUUCUGGUGAUCUUGGGAGAUAUCGAGUGGAACAACAGAGGAAGGGAAGCAUAUCUAUUGUUAAUAAUAGUAAUCAACUUCAGACUGGUGGAGAAAGCAAAUCAAAACUGCCAUUUAAACUGUCAAAAUUGAGUAGCAAACAAAUUUCUUAUUCGGGUGUGCUGCAAAGUCUACUAAACAAUCCAAAUAUCAAAGUUAAGAUUGCUGAUCUUGGGAAUGCGUGCUUCGAUCAUUACCACUUCACAGACGACAUCCAAACGCGUCAAUAUCGUUCCAUUGAAGUUCUUCUCGGCGUUCCUUACACAUACUCAGCCGACAUUUGGAGCACAGCGUGUCUAACGUUUGAACUAGCGACUGGAGAUUAUCUUUUUGAUCCACAUUCAGGUGACAAUUACUCAAGAGACGAAGAUCAUUUGGCGCACAUAAUUGAACUGCUCGGUGCUAUUCCGCCAAGUCUUGUAAUGCGCGGGAAACAUGGAUUGAAGUAUUUUACUAGUUAUGGACAUCUUCGUCACAUCACGAAACUGAAAACCUGGAGCCUGUUCAACGUUCUCGUGGAAAAAUACGAAUGGGAUAUCGAAGAAGCAAGACAAUUUACAGACUUUAUAGUCCCAAUGCUCGAAUAUAAUCCACUUUUAAGAGCCACAGCACGACAAUGUCUUCAACAUCCGUGGCUUGACGGUGUUAAGUGAAACUUGACAGCUUAAAAUAAAACUUUUUUCUCAUAAUUUUAUAAGUAAAUUAUAUGAAAGAUGAAAAAAAAAUAUGAAUUAAAUUAAUUAAAGGAAAUUUUUAGGUCAAAAACAGAAAUUAUAAAAAAUAAAUGAAAUGAGAUUGUCGCUCUUAAAAUAAGAGCGCGUUUAUCACGUAAUGGAAUACAAAAUUAUCUUAUAAUGAAGUGAAUUGAAAGAAAUUUUUAAAGAAUUGAAAUUGAAUUGGCAAGAAAUCCCUCGUCCUAAUUGAAUUACUCUCGGAUUAUGUCUUAAGUUGCUGGAUUUUUAGGAAGAAUUGCUGUAAAAUCAUGGAUUUUAGCUGAUCAAUUUGAUUAUCUUGGACAUAAUCUAUAAUUAAUUGCACAACCUGAAGUCCUUGAUGUUUAAAAUUUCUCAUUUUCUCCUUUUUAAAAUUCAAUUCAAAAAUUCAAAAAUAAUAAUUUUGCAUCUUUGAAGCAGACUUUCUACAUCUUUGAAGCAAGUUUUCUGCAUCUUCAAAGUAGACUUUCUGCAUAUUUGAAGCAGACUUUUUGCAUCUUUGAAGCAAAUUUUCUGGAUUCUUGAAGCAGACUUUCUGCGUCUUUGAAGAAAACUUUUUGCAUCUUUAAAGCAGACUUUUUGCAUAUUCGAAGCAGACUUUUUGCAUCUUUGAAGCAGGCUUUUUGCAGCUUCGCAGCAGACUUUCUGCAUCUUUGAAGAAAACUUUCUGGAUUCUUGAAGCAGACUUUUUGCAUCUUUGAAGUAGAUUUUCUGCAUCUUUUAAGCAGACUUUAUGCAUUUAUGAAACAAACUUUCUGGAUUCUUGAAGCAGACUUUCUGCAUCUUCGAAGAAAACUUUCUGCAUCUUUGAAGCAAACUUUCUGCAUCUCUCAAAAAUGAUUAAUUUUCCUUUCUAAAACUGCAACAAAGUUUUAAAAAUUAUAAAUUUUUUGUAACAAAUUUAAUUUAAAAAAAAAACACAAAACCAAAGCAAAAGAAAACAGAAAAAAAAUCUUCCUACUCAAGUUCCUUGAAGCCAGGAAGUAAACUUCUUAAUAAGUUACUGUAGUAAAUAUUUUAUAUUACAAAAUAACAAAAAAAAAAGUAUGUGAAACAAAAGUAAUUAAAGGAACCUCAAAAAUGUUGUGUAAAAUAAACCGAAAAAAAAAUAUUAAAUGAAAAAUUUAAAUUUCACAAAAAAAAUAGGGAAAAGGAACACUUGAAACCAAAAAAAGACCAAUUGUGGAAUUGGAAAAUUUCAAAAAAUUAAAGAAAAAAAAAUUUAUUGAAAUAUGAAAAAAUUGAUAAUAAAAGAAAAAUCAAAUGUUGUA